AUGAGGUCACUCCUACAAAACCACCUACAGCCUGCGAGGUGGAGUAUACGGGCUCAUCGAGGUACUUCAACUGUACGAUACCCUUACGCUACAAGAGGCAGCACUUUGGGGAUACAAUCUUUCAGUACUCAAUCGAGAAACUUAAAUAAACACCCCAACACGAGCUUAGAAGGCAGCAAGAUAACUGAGGCAAAGAAAGUAACAAAGGCAGCACUACUUGCUCGGGCCAACUCCCGCUUGAGCAGGCUUUGGAUAAAUGUGAAAUGGCCAUUGACCAGAGACAACAAGACGUCUAAACUAGACAUUUCCUCGGCCUUCAUAUCUGGUAUGAUUAUGGGUAAUCUAUUGUGGAUAAUUCUAGGAACCACGACGUUUGGAUUGAUGGUGAUGUAUUCACUUCAUUACUUGGAUAAUAUAAUGAUUGAUAAUAACAAGGAGAAAACACCCAGGAGUAGUGUUUUCGGUUAUAUAUCUGGAAGCAUACUAUCACACGGUCUAGGAGUAAACUUGCAGUUUGAAAAAGGUGCUUUGCCGGAGUUUAAAGAUGGGAAAUUGAGGCUCAAGAAUGUCACUGUUACAUCUAAAGACAAUGCUGAAUAUAAAGUAGUGGCCAAAGUUGAGACCAUGAAUGUAACCUUGUCAUUUAAUAAAUGGUAUGAAGGUAACGGAUUAGUUCACGACCUUGAGCUCUAUGGAUUGAAUGCGAAGGUGUGCAAAGACAUAGAUUCGGCAUCAGGGACAGAAAAGUUUUUCAAUGUUGAUAAGAAUUACCUUCUCGAACACGUCAAAAUCUACGACUCCUUUCUUGAAGUUGACGAUGGAAACGGCGGAGAAUCUAUGCGCAUCAAUAUUUUCAACUGCGAUUUGCCAAAAGUGAGAGGCGACCAAUUGGUUUUGGAUUUUUUCAACGCCAAUAAUGCCAGUGGUGCCAUUAACAACUCCUUAUUCACCAUCCACAAGAGACAGAGUUUGGAGCCGCAGAGUAGCCCUGAUGAUAAAUUAAUCAGAUUCAAAUUAGAUGCCAUUGAUUUGGGCAAUAUCGCAAGUGCUAAUCCAAGACUGAAGUUCAAUUGGAUUGUUAAUGGGAAAGCUGAGGUCAUUGCUGACAUAACUCUUCCUAAAGAUAAAGAAAGCGAAGAAUCCAUUGGAGAUGUUGUAGGCAAAUUAUUCAAAAAUAUCUCAAGUAUGAACGCGUCCAGUGAAAAAGGACAUGAUGAAUCUUUGCUUAAGGAUGCCAUCAAUGCUAUCUAUCACACUUUUAAACGAGAACCAGAGGAGGUGGCAAACGAAUCCUACGUUAUGGUCAAUGUCAAGGUUAAGCUAUGGGACUUGCAGGCAAGUUUACCUUACAAUUUGCCAAUGUCAGCAAAUUCAACACCCUACAUCUCAUUAUCUGAUUUGCGUUCGCUCAUUGGAUUUGUGAACCAAGAAAAAUCGCCCAUUACAUUGAAAACUACAAUAAUUGAAAAAACUUCUCAAUUGCAAGACGUUGAACAUCUCGGUCAAACAAAGAUGUUUGAUGGUAUUAUCGCUGACAUGUAUGAUGAUUUAAUGUCUAUGGUUAAAGAUGAUGAAAAAAGAAUUAUUCUGACCAAAACUUGGGCAAGUGCCAUUGCCACUCAAUUAUUAGUUUUAGGUUUAGGUGCACUCGCAUAA